CAUUCUCAGGCAACAACUUGCACUCUGCUGUAGAAAUGCAGAAGCCUCCAGUGCCGAAAGGAGACUCGCUGCAAGAAUUGAACGGACGGUUUCCUUACCGCCAUGUCCAAAUACGCCAACUUGUCCAUGUUCUGAACCCAAGCCGUCCAUCGCCCCCUGCCAUUGUAGUCCAUGGGCUUAAUGCUACAGGGAAAAGUGUAAUUGUUGGAACCAUUACUGAGGCCUUCAAUCUUUCUCAUGCGGUUAUACGAGCCCGAGAAUGCAUCACCACUCGGCACCUUCUCGAACGAAUACUUGCAGAAUCCUUAACCGCGAUCCGCGCCGCGGAGCCCCAAAAUUCCUGGAAAGGUAGUGCCUCUUGUGAAAAUGUAGGGGCACUUUCAAAUGCUUUGCAGGAUUUAUUAAGCGGCGUACCGAAAUUUGUCCUCGUUCUGGACGACAUUGACCGCCAACGAGAAAUACCGCCUACUCUUUCUCCUGCGCUUGCACGACUUGGCGAAGUAAUUCCCAAUUUGACCGUCUUGUUCAUUAUGACAUCGCCCCGAGCACACAUGCUUCGUACCGCUGGGACGCCUCACAUAUACUUCUCACCGUAUACGAAAGACCAGUCUUUAGCCAUCCUUUCAAUAUCGCCUCGAUCAAUAUUUGAAGCGAAAGAGGCGUCUCCUGACCCUGACUAUACGGAGGAGCAGCAAAUAGAAGACUCUGCCUGGAUCUGGUCCAGAUUUUGCGGUGUGGUUUGGGAUAGUAUCGGGAAAGGCGCGGCACGAGAUAUUAUAAGCUUGAGAGACGCGGCGGACAAGCUAUGGCCCUCUUUUGUCGAGCCAAUUGCGGAAGGGACCUAUGGAACAAGGGACUUCUCAAAGCUGAUGAUUGCCAAACGGGCAUUGUUUCAGAGUGAUGCAAUGCUUACAGAGAGCGUGACGUCUGAGAACAUUGCAGAGCUAAGGAGAGACACAUUGAAAAAUACGCAUGAACUACCACUGUUCUCCAAGUUCCUUCUUUGCGCUUCCUAUCUGGCAUCUUUCAAUCCUUCCAGACAAGACCCCAUACACUUUAUGAAAGCGACAGAAAAGAAAAGGCGGAGGAAGAGUACUGUUGGGACGAGUGCAAGAGCCACUAAGCACCGCAAGAUCCAGCGGCGGCUACUUGGCCCUCAAGCUUUCGUUCUGGAGCGCAUGCUGGCUAUUUUCCAGGCUAUUUGCCCACGAUCAUUGGCAUCGUCUGCAGACCUCCUUACACAGGUUGCCACACUCUCCUCGCUCCGUCUUAUCAUUCGAGCUUCUGGCACUGCUGAUGCCCUGGAGCCGCAGACGAAAUGGCGUGUGAAUGUAGGAUGGGACUACAUUCUUCAAUUGGCUCGAAGUGUCGAUUUCGAAAUUGAGGAUCAUCUAGCCGAAUAAAUGCUCGUAGUGAUGUUCCGCUCAGUUUGUUGUCUUGACUGAGCCUCCAUCAUAAACUCAACAUGAUUCAUCCCCUGAUCUAUUUCAG